GGUUAGGCCGUCGUUCAUGUCGGAACCACGCAUCAUGGUUCGCGUUGCCAUUCUAGGCGGCUCAGGCCACGUUGGGAGAACCCUUGCGGAGGUGAUUAGCCAAGACUCCAGGCACUCUGUUAUUGUGCUCGGGCGAAGGGUGCGGCCAUUUCAUGCCAUAGUCUAGGCUCUUGACGAUUUACUGACUGCAAGUUCGUGAUAGGUGCCACAGAAGACGUUGCCCGGCAUUAAUUAUGUGUCGGUUGACUACGCCGGCGUAACAGCCAUGGCCUCUAUCCUAGAGGCGCAUCAGAUCCAUACAAUCAUCUCGUGCCUCAUGCUUAUGGAGGAAAGCAUUGCUACUUCCGAGGCAGCAGCAAUUGCCGCCGCCGAAAUGUCGCGGUGCACUCGUCGCUUCAUCGCUAGCAAUUGGGGCCCGCCAACCAAAGAAGAGUACAGAAGUCGAUCGCCGUGGUUUCCUUUUCAGCUCGACAUACGCGAUCAGCUCCGUACAACAUCACUAGAAUGGACAGAGAUCGUCACCGGGUACUUUCUCGAUUACUGGGGGAUGCCUCACUUGAAGACGAACAUGACACCAGAUAUGCCAGUCUUGGACAUUGUCGAUGGAGUCGCGGGCAUUCCAGGGACAGGCAAUGAACUAAUAUCCUUCGCAUACACAUAUGACGUUGCGAGGGUCAUUACAGAACUUUUGAUGAUGCCCAAAUGGGAUGAAGCAACCUACAUUGUUGCAGACAAGCUGUCAUGGAAUGAAUUCAUUGCCCUCGCAGAAAGGGCCUGCGGUCGCAAGUUCGACGUUGCAUAUGACUAUGUCAGCAAACUGGCGAAAGGAGACAUCACAGAGCUGCCGAAUCAUCGCCAAGUGUAUCACGAGUUCCCGAAACAGGAGUUACGUCAGAUGUACUCUAGUCUUGGCUUGUCGAUGGCGAUGGGGACUUUUGAUCUAGAUCUGGGCAGAAGCAUCCAUCUGCAACUCCCACAUAUAAGGAUGAUGACUGUGCGAGACAUGCUACAGGACAUCUGGGCUUCACGACAUACGAGUGCGAGUUAAUUGAAACCUUUUCGCAUAGUGCUCGUCAACCGGAGGCUGGGGCCGCUGGCGCGGAUGGCGGCGGGUAGAAAGGGACGGGACGAGCCGAAAUAAUAUUACGGGCCGUGCGAAGUAUCACGGGGCAAGAUUGGACC